AUGACAGAGGCGGAGGUGCGCGGCCUCUGCAUCAAGUCACGGGAAAUCUUCCUCAGCCAGCCAAUCCUGCUGGAGCUGGAGGCUCCGCUCAAAAUCUGCGGUGGGUCCCGCCUCCGUCCUCCCCGUCCCGCGCUAAAGGCUGCCAGCAGCUGUCUGAUUCUCCAUCCUCCCCCCCUCUCUCACACACACACACACACACACACACAAACACACGCAGGCGACAUCCACGGACAGUACACAGACCUGCUGAGGCUCUUUGAGUACGGCGGCUUCCCCCCGGAGGCCAACUACCUGUUCCUGGGCGACUACGUGGACAGAGGGAAGCAGUCCCUGGAGACCAUCUGCCUGCUGCUGGCCUACAAGAUCAAAUACCCCGAGAACUUCUUCCUGCUGCGGGGCAACCACGAGUGCGCCUCCAUCAACCGCAUCUACGGCUUCUACGAUGAGUGUAAGCGCAGAUUCAACAUCAAGCUGUGGAAGACGUUCACAGACUGCUUCAACUGCCUCCCCAUAGCCGCCAUCGUAGACGAGAAGAUCUUCUGCUGCCACGGAGGACUGUCUCCUGACCUGCAGUCCAUGGAGCAGAUCAGACGCAUCAUGAGACCCACAGACGUGCCCGACACAGUGGCUGAUCCCUGUCCCUGGCGCCCCCAGGUGGUGGAAGACGGUUACGAGUUUUUUGCCAAACGGCAGCUGGUGACUCUGUUCUCGGCUCCCAACUACUGCGGGGAGUUCGACAACGCCGGCGGGAUGAUGAGCGUGGACGAGACCCUGAUGUGUUCCUUCCAGAUCCUGAAGCCGUCUGAGAAGAAAGCCAAGUAUCAGUAUGGAGGGAUGAACUCCGGCCGGCCCGUCACUCCCCCCCGCACAGCCCAACCGCCAAAGAAACGAUGA